AUAUAGAUGUGGGAUAGAGAAGGACCAUUAGUUCCCCGCUGGGACCAGAUCUGUCUCUGUGUGUGUGCGUGAGUUUGUGCGUGUGUGGUUGUCCGUGCGUGCGUGCGUGCAUACAUAAACGCGCACACACACAAACGUGACUGACAGUGGUCAGUGUUUAUGAUGAUGAUUUUUGGUCGCUAUGCAUGCUUAAGCAUAAUGACAUCGUUCCCUCUUCUCUCACUCUCUCUCUCCACGGUCGGGCAAGCUGAGAAGCGCAGCUGCUGUGUGUGUGAGUGAGGGAGGACGGGUGAGGGAUCGGGAGACAGAAAAGGAGGAAGGAUUUUUAUCACCGACACUCUCUACCCCUGUGGUCGACAACAGUGCUCUACCGGCGGUUGGAGGAGCCAGAUAGACCCGUUGGGCGACUGGUAACCUUGGAGGCACGCCAAACCACCCAUGAGGAGGAAAGCGGGUGGAAGGAUGCCUCUUUCCCUGAUCUGACAGAAGACAUUUGUUCGGUGAAUGAGCGGAGGGCACCGAAUUGACGCAAUACAGUAGGUGAGUAACCAUGGAAUCCACACACCUCCUGGACGGCUCCAAGAAACGGGUGAAGAUCCACCCUCACACCGUCACCGCCAAGUACGCCCCACACACACCCCACACACACACACACUUCCCCCAGCCCGGAGACGAGGGGUACGAUGAUGCUCCCUCCUUCGAGGACUUCGGCUCCUUCCUGGAGGAGACCUCGGACAAGAAACAGCUGACAGGAACCAGGAAGUGGACAGGAAAGGCCGGUGCUCUGUUUGGAGGGAAGGACAAAAACAAAGACACACCCCCUAGACCUCCCAUGGGGGGAGGGGAGGGGGGUGUGGAGGGAGGAGGGAAGGGUGCAGGAGGGGGAGUAGGGGAGCAGCUAGCGAGUUUCGGCGAGGCGUCUGUCUCUGCGUCUCGGCUCACGUGGGCCAGUGUGGUCUUGGCGGGGCUGGCUCACGGCUGUGUGUGUGUUCUGACACGCCUGGCCGCCUCACACUUUAACCUCCCACCCUUAACUCUCCUCUUGGUACGAUCCAUCCUCCAGCUGCUCUAUGGGACUGUACCAAUGAAACGGGCGGAGACGGCCUUUGGCUCAAAGGGCUAUCGGCGGAAGCUGCUCCUGUACGGUCUGACUCACUCCUUCUCCCUCUGCUGCGCUUACUCGUCCUUAUCCUUCGUCUCCCUCGGCGACGACGAGGCCAUGUUGACAACCUGGCGCCUGGCGACCACCGUCCUGUCGGCCACUCUGGCGUUGUUGCUCCUGGACGAGCGGCUGGGAUUGGUGGACCUGGUCACCGUAGCGACAGGCGUGUUAGGACUGGGUCUGGCGCUCGUUCCUAACCCAACAGGGCUGGAUGAGAACAACAACGGGACCGGGUCAGGGAUGCCCAAUGGGGGGAUACCCAAUGGGGGGAUACCCAAUGGGGCGACACCGGCACAACAAUCGGCCCAGUUCUGGCGGGAAGCGUUUGGUUGGUCCCUGACUGUUCUCGCAGGACUAUGGAUGUCUCUGGCUCUAGUCAUGUACCGCUCUCUGAAGGAGCGGGUCAGUGUCGGCACAGCUCUGUUCACUGUCAGUUGGACCGGCUGUCUGAGCACCGCAGUCUCCAUGCUUCUCCUCCGACAGGGGCCAGUGUGGCCGGCCAGUCUCCAGGCUUGGUGCAUCGUCCUGGGGGUAGCUGUGUGCUCUGCUGGGGGGUUCGUGGGGGUGACCCAUGGCCUCACCCGACUUCACCCAGCUUUGGUGUCGGCUACACAGGGUCUGGAAGUACCGGUCGCUAUGGUGCUGGAGAUCGCUGUUGUGCCAUUGGUUCCCUCAGUGUGUGAGGUCAUAGGGGGUGUGGUGGUGGUGGCGAGCGUGGGUUGGCUUGUUACAGUGAAGCUCCUCCCCUCUCGAGGAAGUGGGAGGAAACAGAGAGAAGAGUACGAAGAGAUUCUGGACUCGCCAAUUAAAUAGCACACACGCACACGAAAGCACAUGCACGCACAAAGAUUCUGGACUUACCAAUCAAAUAGACCACUCCCCUUCUAUCUAUGUUUCUGUCUUUCUCUCUUUUCCCAGGGGGUUUGCUCUCUCUCUCUCUCUCUCUCUCUCUCUCUCUCUCUCUCUCUCUCUCUCUCUCUCUCUCUCUCUCUCUCUCUCUCUCUCUCUCUCUCUCUCUCUCUCUCUCUCUCUCUCUCUCUCUCUCUCUCUCUCUCUCUCUCUCUCUCUCUCUCUCUCUCUCUCUCUCUCUCUCUCUCUCUCUCUCAGUGUGUAUAUAAGAGGACUCUAUGGUGAAUGUUAAUGCUUGAGCUAAAAUAGCUGUCUUUAACCACAGAUCUAGAAUCAGAUACACCAACUCCAAUCCUUAACUUAACCAUUAGGAGGUGUCAAAAUAUCUGACCCUGUAUCAGUGGUUAGGGAAAACAUCUACCUACCCCAAUGUGAAUAGUAAAUGUAUCUAUUUUGUAUUGUAGUUGUUGUAAUUGUUGUGAAGUAGCAAUACUGUGUUGUCUUACUGGCUAUUGUGAUAGUGUGAUGUCAUAUUAAAACCUCACUGUCUUACUGUGA